AUGGCCCAUCCUACAAUUAGCGCAGUUUUCUCAGGGAAUGGAAACGCCGGUUUACAGUUUGGUAAUAAUUCUGGUACUCUCAAUUACAACCCUACCAAUAACAACACUACCAUCAACAAUACUACCAAUAAUAACACUAACUAUAACUAUCCGGAACCACGACCGGAAACAUCACCUAAACCUAGCUGCAAAAUUCCCUUUAAUCGUGACAAAGAAGGCUUUGUCGAUCGAGUGACAAUAUUCGAUGAAAUCGAAGAGAAAGUCAAAGCACCAGGUUCUUGGGUUGCCCUUGUCGGCAUGGGGGGUGUCGGGAAAUCUCAGCUCGCUAUUGAAUAUGCCUACCGCCUCAGAGAUCAACUACAGCUCCCUGACACUUGGGUUUUUUGGAUCUAUGCGAGUAACUCUGCACGUUUUCGGGAAAGUCUCGAGGAGAUUGCCGAACAUGCAAAGAUUCCUGGCCGGGACGAUCCGGAGCCAGGCAUUUUGAAGCUCGUUUAUCGCUGGCUUGACGAUGAAAAGAGAAAAUGGGUUAUCAUCCUAGACAAUGCUGAUGACCUCGAUUUUCUCGAAGACACGUCCGUCAAGGGGGGCAAACCCAACAAGAGCUUGACCAAAUACAUUCCUAAAACAGAGAAUGGAUCGGUCUUCAUCACGAGCCGAAGCAGAGAAACAGCAUCGGCUCUCGUCGAUAACAAGCAUAUCAUCAAAGUUAACCCGAUGGAUGAAGCACACGCUAUUGACCUGUUCCAAAAGAAGCUACCCAAGCCAGACGAUAAACUGAUUGCCGAACUGGCAGCAGAACUCGAGUUCUUACCUCUCGCAAUCGUCCAGGCUGCAUCCUAUAUCUCGCAUAAGGAGCCGCGCUGUUCAGUCCAGGAAUACCUUGAUGACUUUAGGAAAAUGAGGGCUGACGAGAAGCUGAUGCUCCUCGGCGAGAAGGGACGAGACCAUCGUCGUGACAGGGAUGCAGUCAACCCUAUAAGCGAUACGUGGAAGAUGUCAUUUAAUCACAUCCAAAGGACAAGACCGUCGGCGGCAGACUUAUUGGCGCUCAUGUGCUUCUUCGAUCGGCAAGGAAUCCCUGAGUUUGCCCUCCACCCGUCAGAUACAGAACGCGAGAUAGGCCUCUCCCCUAGCGAUAGCACGCCAGGACCGGCCGCUAGAGAUAUAUCGUUCGAGGACGACGUAUCGACUCUCAGAGACUUCUGUUUUAUCUCUGUUAGGACGCGCCAUAUGUUCGACAUGCACAGGCUGGUGCAGCUGGCUACCCAGAAAUGGCUCCGUGGUAAUGAGUCGUUUGAGCGCUGGCGGAAAACAUUCAUUUGUCGGCUUUUUUUGAAAUUUCCAACAUCAUAUGAAAAAGAGGGAUGGAGCCGUUGCCAACAGCUAUUCCCUCAUGUGAAAUCGGCAGUUAGUCACAGGCCUCUAUGUAAGAAAGAGCUGGGUUGUUGGGCGAUACUCCUAUGUCAGGCAGCGAGGUAUGCUGGUGAACGGGGAAAUAAGGCUGACGCGGUGACGCUGUCGACGACUGCGAUAGACAUAAGCAAAGAGGCCCUUGGCGAAAAACACCCAGCCACGUUAUUGUGCCAGACGAUUCUCAUGUACAUGGGGUCUCGCACGGAAGGCAUCGAGGGGUUGCCCAGCAAGGAGGGCGGUGCAGGCCGGUCAAGUUCUGAGCCGCUGACAGAAGAAGAAAGUGGCUGGCUACAGAUGGUAGCGCAGAAAAGGCUAGAACUUGGCCGAGAUCACCCACUUACGCUUUCGGAUAUGGCCAGAUUAGCGGCAAUAUAUUCUUACAACGGGCGACCCAAGAAGGCGGUGAAACUCCAGCGCAAGGUGGUGAAGUUGGCCACGGCGGCCCGGGGGCUCGAGGACCGAAAAACCCUCUCACACAGGAACGGACUGGCAUGGAUAUACCGAGAACAAGACCGCCUCGUGGAGGCCGCAGAGAUACUGGUGCAAGUAGUAGAGACGAGCAAGAGAGUCAACGGUCCAGAGAACACAGACACCCUGAGAUAUAUGUUUGAGUUGGCAGAGACAUACCGUCGUCAAGGCCGGCUGGGGCAGGCCGAACAGGUCUUCAUAGAGGUAGUAGACGUGAGCAAGAGGGUCAACGGUCUUGAGAAACCAGAUACAAUAGAUGCUAUGGGCAGGUUGGCAGGGACAUACAUUCGUCAAGGCCGGCUGGAGCAGGCCGAACGGCUGUGCACAGAGGUAGUAGACUUGAGCAAGAGGGUCUUUGAAGAGGGCGAUGAAAGAACACAACGCUAUAUCGGCCGGCUUGAUGUCGUGCAGUGCCUCAAAGAAACGGAUCCGGAAACCCGUGCGAAACUUAUCUCCAAGUUAAAGACACCAUAA